GAUGUUGUCUUGCGUCCGCGAUCCGGGCCUGUGAAUCAACUAGCACUGUGAAUCCUCCAUCCUAGCUACUCCCAUGCAGCAAUCCAAGUCCUAUGUCGCGCCCAAGGGCUCUUUGCUCGCGCGCCCUCCGCUUCCAGUCGAGCAUACAAAUCCGUUUAUCAAACUCAUUGAUCCACAGAGACCGCCCCCCGUAAAGUUCCAGGAGAUCGUUAGGGAUGGACAUGCAACUGUCGUUGCCCGAAUCAAAAUCCAAACGCCUGGAAGUCAUGCAUUCAUUCUGCGUCGAUUAGACACUGGCGCUAUCAGCCUCACGACCAUGUUCCGCGCUGCCUUCCCCACUGCACCCGAUGAUGCCGAGAAGGCAGAAGCGUUGUGGGUCAAGACCACUUACGAGGUAACCGGUGCAAACAAGUCCGGCAAGGCUCGUUUUGCUGGGACUUGGGUCACGCCUGAAGUCGCUCAGUCUUUGGCUGAGGGCUAUUCUCUGGCAGCCCUCAUCAAACCUCUCGUUUUGGCCACUCCCGAUCCCGAUGCUAUUCAUCGUAAACCGAAACAACAGCAACCUACUCCCGUCAGUUCUCCUGCGCAAUUAGUAUCCGCGACUACUCCCAAAGAACCAGGGCCUGCCCCGCCCAAACGCAGGAGAGAAGCAUCGCCUGCACGUAGUCCACAAACUACGCCUGCACCUGCGAAACCACCUUUGGUGGCCAAAGGUACCCCAUCGCCUUCUCGUGCUGAGAAGGUUGUCACCGAACCUACUCCCUCACGUCUCCCAGUCAGCACCAAACGCGCGGCUUCUCCCGCACGUCAGGUUCCCCCUCCUGCUACCCCACAAUCCUUGCGACGAUCGACCCGAUUGAAGAGUCCCGCACCUCCGUCUGGAGCUGUUUCUGCUCAGGCUACUCUCGUCGGAACUAUUUCCCCCAAGACCCCCAAGAUUCCUAUCAAGCCAGUUCACGAGGAGUUGACGCCUGGCGGUUCUGACGAAACCGCGGUCGAUGAGGAUGCUCUUCAUGCGGCGAGAGCGACCGAAGUAGAUAUGCAAGAAGAUAUUCGCGAGCAGAGAGAGCUCAUUGAACGUCUCAAAGCUGAACGAGCGGCCAAGGCUCAAGCACAGGCAGUGGCAACGCAAGAGGCACAGGAAAUGUCUGAUGAGGAGGCUACGCUGAUAGAGCCCAGUGCGGGUGCGGGUCCUAGCAAAGCACAGAAACGAGCACGUGAAGAGGAGGGACAGUUGAAGUUUAAUAUCAAGGAACCUGCCGAGUUGGAGGCGGAAGUUGAGGAGGAGCGUGCUGUUGUGACCAAUAGUAGGAUUCGGAAGGGUAUGGCGCCUGAGAGGAAGCAACUCGCUUGGGGGGCUUUGUUCUUUGCUGCUGGGUGGGGUGCGAUAUCCUUCUUGCCAAACUUGCCACAUUUCUUUUAGCAAGGGAGGGGGCCCUUUCCCGAAUCCGUGUGUUCUCGUCUUGAUUUUACCAGCUUCGUUGCCGUUACCGUAGAUAGUUCGUCUCUUCUCGUCUCUUUUUUCCUCCUCAAGCACGGUUUGUGGUAUUGCUGCUAUACAUACCUUCCCUACAUCCUCUGCGGGCUCUUUUUACCCAUGUAUUAACAGGUAACAUUUUUUUUUUCCUCCUCUCCUCUUUCAUACCUCCCCCCCCUCUUUUUAACUUUUGGCUCGCGACACCUCGAUUUCUAUAAUUCCGUUUUCGGUUCUUCCAUGUCGUCUCGAUUAUUACCAUUGUGAACAGAUGGAUGUCUAUACGUCUAUAUCACUAUUCUUGAUGAUAUGUUCAAUUCCCACCCCC